AUGGCAAAGGGGAGUCGCUGGCCAGAAGCAAAAUCAAAAGGUUCCGGCAAGGGGAAGGGCAAGCCUCCAGACAACUACAAAACGGAGCUGUGCAGAUUUUUCGAGCGCGGUCUCUGUGAGAAAGGGAAAGCGUGUCCCUUUGCGCACGGCAAAGAAGAGCUGCGCCCGUCCACUCUAUCAGAGAACAUCACGGCGAACAAGCAGAAAGAUGCUGAGGUGAUGUCAUGGCUGAAGGAGCGAAGAGAACAGGAAGGGCAUGCUGGCGAAGAGUUUGAGCACCAUUGGAAAGCCUGGUGCAAGAUUCAUGGCUUGAAGGACUUGACGAAAGCGGCUCGUUUGAAAAGCAUCCACGAUUUCCGAGCGGAGAUGGAGUCCCAGGUCUCGACGGGCUCGGAAGGGCAGCCUAGGGAGCCUGGUGGCCCCUCAGCAGACGCGGUUUGCCCACAGGGCCAUCGGCUGAAAGUCAGCCAUGCUGCAGACGAGUACGAGUGUGACGGCUGUGGUGCCGACAUUCGCCCUGGGUCGACAUUUUCCGAUUGCCGGGGAUGCGACUACAGCCUGUGCGAGGCUUGUUCCAAGACGGCAGCAAGCGAAGAGCGACCUGUCAAGUGUGCUGCUGGACCAGCUGCCGAAGCGCCAGCGCUGGAACCCGCAGUGAGACGUGCGACAGACGCAGUGAGACAUGCGACAGAUGAGCGGCCAGACGGCGUAAACUUUGUGUGGGCGUCCAGCAUUGAGGCGAUACGCUUCAAGCUCAAGAACGCAAUUGAGGAUGGAUUGAAGCUGGCCGAUCUGAUCGGCUCCACUUCACAGCAGUCUCCCCUCCAGUGUCCUGAGUUGGUUCGACAAUGCGAGGGCCGAUGCGCCAGUUUCAUAGGCCAUUUCCUCUUCCCGGAAGCAUUGCCCAUUGUGGUUCAGACGUGCCUGAGUGAGCAGAAUUUAGCUGGAGUUUGCCGAGCACUGCAGCUAGAAUCGCUCUUGCAACUCGAGCCGGACGCGGAGCCUGCGGAGCUGGCUGCUCGUGCAACCGUUGCCUCAUCGCUUUUUCUGGCUUUGUUUCGAGCUGCUCGAAGAUCUCCAGACAAUGCCUGUUUGCUCGUCGCCGUUGAAGCCAUGCUCGACUUUGUUUGCCUCAUUGGCACCAGUCAUUUCGUUGCCAUGGGCGUGAUGAGUGAUAUGAGUGCUGAUGCUGCUGAUGCUUCUUUGCAAGAUCCCCAAUGUGAUGCAGAGACUGACGGCGAGGAGGUCCUUUGGCAAGAUGCACCAGUUGCAGGGCAGCCGCCAGAGACUGCACUUGCUGCGGAAUCCGAGGAUGCUGCGCGAGCCCGCCGCGUUCAAGCUCAGCAAGAGCGAAGGUCCGCGUUGCGCUGGGAUUACACGGGUGGAUACCGACCUGCAGAUGCAAAGCGUGAGACAAACGAGGAGGCGACGCUGCGACUCAUAAACUCUCGCUGCAAAGGGCGACUCGGGAGCCCACUCGGCUGCACUAGGGUCACACCUAGGGUCCCCCAAACACGCCGCAAGUCCGUGAAUGCAUGCUGGUGGCAAACUUAUGUUAGGUGGCGAGGCGACAUUCGCGGCAAGUGCAGGCGAAUACCAUGA